CUAUGUGUGGCCACAAAGCAGGAGGGGACAGCGGCUGUAUGCAUCUUCACUAGCACAGCCAAUUCAUUUUCAUUCAUUUAUUUAUUUAUUUAGCAAUCCCUGGGAAACUUAAAGGAGCUACAUUGGAUUUUAUGAAGACAAAGUUGUGGGGCAACUAACAAUGGAUAUGGCUGUUUGUCUGCAAAAGACUAGACUCUCUCAGGCAUCAGCACUUGUGGGAUGCCUCCUUGUGUUGUGUUCUUUAAGCUUUUCUACUGUGGGUGCACAAGAUUUUGAUCCUGCUUUCCUCUUUGGACCCAGACCAGGACCUAACUCUGAAUCCAUACUGGUAGCCAACAGUGGGGUACGGGUGCCUUUUGGGAGAUCCAUCUUUAUAGACCCAAUCAAAGAUCUGGUGACUGAAGUGCAGCCCGGGGACAGGUGCUACAUCACAGUAUUAGAAAAUGACCCACUCGCCCAGAGACCCGGUAUGCUAUCUCCAAAGAAAUUCCCUUGCGCUUUUGGGGCGGAAGAAGUGAAAUACACUCACUUUGGAUCAAGAAGCCCAAACAAGGACAGAGUGCGGCUGCAGCUGAGGUAUGACUCCCAGACUGACACCAUUAUCAUCCCUUUCAUGCUGGAGGUGGAGGUGGUAUCUCAGCAACUGGAAGUCCUAACCCGCAACAUGCCUUUGGUGGUGGACAAGCUGAAUGGAAUCAGCAACCCUAUUGACAAAAAGGUAUUGGAGUUCACUUACGAUGGCAGCUCGGAAUCAUGCAAGGUCACCACCCUGAUCAGCACAGGAGGUCUACCAAGGUAUGGCACUCUUUUAAAUUACACUUCCAAUGGCCAGAUGAUGGUCUGUGAUGAUUUUGUUAACCUGGGCAUUCGCUACAAGCACACCUCCACCAACAACUCCCCAAACAGAGACUAUAUUCCCAUGCUGGUAGAGUUACUGGAUAAAGAGGGAAACCCUGUGAAGCAGGAGUUCUUUCAGAUAAUGGUUAGGAUUAAAGAAGGCACAGAAAACACUCCACCCAAGCCGAGUUUUGUUGCUAUGAUGAUGAUGGAAAUUGACCAGUUUGUGAUGACAGCAAUUACCAAUGAUAUGUUAGCAGCUGAGGAUGUUGAGUCUGAUCAAGAUUAUUUAAUUUUUAAUAUUACUUCACCACUGGGCUAUGAGCAGGGCUACAUCAUUAGCACUGAUGACCAAAACCUACCUAUAUCCUCUUUUUAUCAGAGAGACAUCAACGACUUGAAAAUUGCUUACAAACCACCAUCUGUAGACUCAGAUGUGGAGAGAAUCUUUCAGAUUGAGUUUGAAGUUGUUGAUACUGAGGGUGCUGUCUCUGAUACUUUUGCAUUCAUGAUUGUUGUAAAGCCAAUGAACACUUUGGCUCCAGUCGCAACUAAAAAUACCGGACAGCUGCUGUUUGAAGGUCAGUCAAGAGCACUUUCCAGCACCCAGAACUUAGAAAUCAGUGAUGAAGAUAAUCUUGAAGAUGUCAGAAUUACUGUCAUUGAUGGCCUGAAACAUGGUGAGCUGACAGUAUUAGGGGCCCGCAGAAAGUUUUUCACCCCUGCUGAUUUAGAUGUUGGUGUUGUUGUCUAUCAGCAUGAUGGCAGUGACACUUACAGUGACAAUAUUAUUUUCCGCAUGACUGAUGGCAGACAUGAAGUUGAGUUUUUGUUUCCAAUCACCAUUGCACCAACUGAUGAUGAACCCCCAAUUAUAAAUGCCAACACAGGACUUGUACUGUUCAAGAAUGAAAUUAUGCAGAUCUCACCCUUCAUUCUAAGUGCCACAGACAUUGACUCAGAGGACUCUUCCAUUAAGUUUAUAGUGGAGCCCCCUUAUUCCACGAUAGGUGAAUUGCUCCUGAGGCAAGCAGAACAGCCUUCAGACCUGUCUGCAUGGCAAUUCAGUGAAAGCGAAGAGAUGUUUGAACAGGUGGUUACGGAAUGGUUUCAGCAGGACAUCUUGGAUGGAAAGUUGUUCUAUCGGCACAUCGGACCUCACAGCACUACCACUGUCAUGGACCAGUUCGUGUUCCGUGUCCAGGAUGACAACGAUCCCCCCAACCAGUCUGGUGAGCACAUCUUCACAAUUAAAAUCCACCCAGUGGACGACCUCCCACCCGAACUCUUCCCAGGCACCUCUUUGCACAUGACUGUAAAAGAGUAUGAGCUGACACACUUUAAAAAGAAAUUCCUGCGUUAUACAGAUCUGGACUCUGAUGACAGAGAUCUGAAGUAUACUAUUGUGAUGCCACCUACUGAUACGGAUGAAAACAACCCAGUGUUGCUGGGCGAGAUAGUUUUGACUGAGCACCCCAAUACGGUCAUCACAGAGUUCACACAGGCUCAGGUCAACCAUCACAAAGUGGCCUACAAGCCCCCAGAUCAGGAACUGGGCAUCACUCCAAGAGUAGUUCAGUUUACUUUCACUGUUGAAGACACUGCUGGUAAUUCGGUGGAUGGCACCUUCACAAUCUUCUUACAGCCUGUUGAUAACAUGCCACCUCAGAUUACCAACACUGGUUUCACUAUAUUAGAAAGAAACACAUUUAUAAUAACCAGGACUGAGCUUGAUGCUACUGACCCGGACACAGAUGACGAUGCAAUUACAUUCACUUUAACCCAGGCCCCCAAGUUUGGACUGCUGCAGUAUUUUGGUCUUGAUAUGUCAAUAGGAGAAACAUUUGUGUUGGAUGACAUUGCCAAUGGCCGCGUUGCAUACAUUCAUGGUGGUGAAGAAUCCACCAGUGACACUAUAAAGCUUGAUGUUAGUGAUGGAUUUCACGAGCUCCCUAUCAUUAUCAGAAUCACAGUUAAUCCAGUCGACGAUGAAACACCAACCAUCAUGCUUUCCUCUGGCCUGCUGGGUUCUUCUAUUGAUGUCCUGGAGAAUGGGGCCACUGAGAUCACCACCAAUGUGAUUCAAGGUAGAGAUGAAGACACUGAUGAUCUGAUGCUCACGUUUAUAGUUGAUGAGCCUCCAAACCUAGGUGAAAUCUUGGUUAAUGGACUACCCUCUGAAAGGUUCACCCAACAAGACAUGAUCAAUGGAGCUGUUGUGUAUGCCCAUACAAGUGGCGAGAUUGGACUUUUUAAGGUGCAUGAUUCUUUCAACCUUACUAUUUCUGACCUGUCAGACGAGUGGGUUGUUGGAGGUAACAAAGUCCAGGGUGUCCGUGUGCAUGUAACGAUCCUCCCAGUAGACAGCAUGGCUCCCAUAGUAACAGUAGGGGAUCAUUUUACAGUGCUUGAAGGAGAGAAAAAUGUUAUUUCUCUUGGAAAUAUCAAAGCUGAAGACGUGGAUACAGAAAAUGAUGAUAUUCUGUGCACCAUCAUAGUCCAGUCCACGUCUGGAUAUAUUGAAAACAUUUCCCCAGCAGACGGGUCUGAAAAAUCAAGAGCAGGUACUGCCAUUACUGCCUUUAGCAUUAAGGAUGUCCGUCUUGGCCACAUCUACUAUGUGCAGAGCAUCCACAAGGGAGUGGAACCUGUUGAAGACAGGUUGACGUUCCGCUGUUCGGACGGCAUUAACUUCUCACAGCGCCACUUUUUCCCCAUUGUCAUCAUUCCAGCCAAUGAUGAGAAGCCUGAGAUCUUCAUUCGAGAAUUCGUUGUCAUGGAAGGCAUGAGCUUGGUCAUUGAUACGCCCAUUUUAAAUGCUGCAGAUGCAGACAUUCCAGGAGAUGAACUUGAGUUUGAAAUAAUCACACUUCCUAAGCACGGUAGCAUUGUGCAGCAACUGACAACAGGCACCGUCCCAGUCAAGAAUUUCACCCUUGAGCAGAUCAAGGAAGGAUCCAACAUUGUCUAUGAGCAUGAUGACUCUGAAACCAAAGAAGACAGCUUUGAGAUCAGAUUGACUGAUGGUAAACACACGGUAGAGAAAAAAGUUCUCAUCAUGGUCAUCCCAGUUGAUGAUGAGACUCCAAGAAUGACCAUAAAUGAUGGCCUUGAAGUUGAAAUUGGUGAAACAAAGGUAAUAACUAACAAAGUUCUCAAGGCAACAGAUCUGGAUUCAGAAGACAAAACUCUCACCUACAUCAUUCGUUUUGAGCCUGGACAAGGUUUCCUUCAGCGCAUUACUACUUUGGGAGAAUUGGUUGGCAACAUAACCAUUGGUAUGAACUUUACCCAAGAUGACGUAGAUAAAGGGCUUAUACAGUAUGUCCACACUGGCCAAGAAGGAGUGCGCGACCUUGUGAAGUUUGACGUCACAGACGGCAUCAAUCCAUUGAUAGACAGAUACUUCUAUAUCAGCAUUGGCAGCAUAGACAUGGUCUUCCCUGAUGUCAUAAACAAAGGUGUGACCCUCAAGGAAGGCGGAAGAGUGACCCUCACCACAGACCUGCUGAGCACCACAGACAUCAACAGUCCCGAUGAGCACCUAAGCUUCAGCAUCACUCAAGCGCCCAGUCGCGGUCACUUAGAGUGCACAGACUUCCCUGGCGUGCCCAUCACCAGCUUUACUCAGCUGCAGCUGGCAGGCAACAAGAUAUACUACAUCCAUACCUCCUAUGAUGAAAUAAAGAUGGACAGCUUUGAGUUUGAAGUAACAGACGGCUACAACCCAGUCUUCCGCACCUUUAGAAUCUCCAUUACUGAUGUGGACAACAAGAAACCAGUCCUGACCAUCCAUGACCUGGUAGUAGCAGAAGGGGAGGUGAAACUGAUCACACCCUUUGAGCUGACUGUUGAAGAUCGAGACACCCCAGACGACAUCUUGCGCUUCACCAUUACCCAGGUGCCUGUCCACGGUCAGCUGUUGUACAAUGGCAGCUAUGUGGUCACCAGCUUCACCAAGCAAGACCUAAACGAGAACCUUAUCAGCUACAAGCAUGAUGGCACAGAGUCCAGCGAGGACAGUUUCUCUUUCACUGUCACGGACGGCACCCACACAGAGUUCUACGUUUUCCCUGACACUUUCUUUGAGACUCGCAAGCCCCAGAUGAUGACCAUCCAGAUAAACUCCAUAGACAAUGGCAUCCCCCAAAUAGUAGUCAACAAGGGUGCCCCCACUAUUAGACUCCUGCACUCUGGCCACUUGGGCUUCAUGAUCACCAGCAAAGCCCUGAAGUCUGAAGACAGGGACAGCCAUCACAAGUUCCUGAAGUACCGCAUCUCCGAAGAUCCCCUGCAUGGCUACAUUGUCAACACAGCUCUGGGAAACGACAGCGUCAAAACCUUCUCACAAGCUGAUAUUGAUGAAAUGAAGAUCUGUUAUGUCCUACGUGACGGGGACAAUGCCACCAGUGAUAUCUUCUACUUUACAAUUGAAGACAACGCGGGGAACAAGCUGAAAAGCCAGCCAUUCCGUCUGAACUGGGCUUGGAUUUCCCUGGAGAGGGAAUAUUUCCUGGUGGACGAGGAUUCCAAAUUUCUGGAAGUGACCCUAAAACGGAGGGGAUACUUGGGAGAAACCUCAUUUGUUGGAAUUGGAACCAAGGAUGGGACGGCAGAGAAGGACAAAGAUUUCAAGGGGAAGUCCCAGAAGCAGGUGCAGUUUAACCCGGGUCAGAGCACGGCUACAUGGCGUGUGAAGAUCCUCACGGACAAUGAGUAUGAGACCUCGGAGACCUUCCAGAUCAUCCUGUCCGACCCUGUCAUGGGAGCGCUGGAAUUCCCUAACAUCGCCACUGUUGAGAUUGUGGAUCCCGGGGAUGAAUCGACUGUCUUCAUUCCUCAGUCAGAAUACAGAAUUGAAGAGGACAUUGGAGAGCUGCUGAUCCCAGUCAGAAGGUCUGGGGAUGCCAGUCAGGAACUCAUGGUCAUCUGUUUCACACAGCAAGGCACUGCUAUUGGUACCAUUCCCAGCACGGUACUAUCAUACUCGGAUUACAUCACCCGUCCCGAGGACCACACGAGCAUCCUGCGAUUCGACAAGGACGAGAGGGAGAAGACCUGCCGCGUGAUCAUCAUUGACGACUCGCUGUACGAGGUGGAGGAGAUCUUCAACGUGACUCUGAGCAUGCCCAUGGGAGGACAGGUCGGCGUGGGAUACCCCAGCGCCAAAGUGAUUAUUCUGGCAGACGAUGAUGAUGAACCUUCAUUUUACUUUGGAGACGCAGAGUACGUGGUUGAUGAAAGCUCUGGCUACGUGGAGGUGCGUGUUUGGAGAACGGGAACUGAUCUGUCCAGGACAGCCACCGUCACCGUGCGCUCCAGGAAAACUGAACCUGUGUCCGCUGAAGCCGGAGUUGACUAUGUGGGCAUCAGCAGGAACCUUGACUUCGCUCCAGGAGUCACGAUGCAGACAUUCCGGGUCACCAUCCUGGAUGACCUGGGCCAGCCUGUCCUGGAGGGCCCCGAGUCAUUCGAGCUGGUCCUCCGAAUGCCCAUGAAUGCAGUGCUCGGAGAACCCAGCAAGACCACCGUCUUCAUCAAUGACUCCAUUUCUGAUUUGCCCAAGGUUCAGUUUAAGGAACCCCUGUACACUGUGAAUGAGAAUGAUAUCCAGGUCAACGUGAUUGUCUAUCGCAGUGGAGAUAUCGGUUAUAAAUCGACAGUAAGAUGCUACACCCGCCAGGGCUCUGCAGAGGUCAUGAUGGACUACGAUGAGAGGCCCAACACUGAUGACUCCAUUGUCCUCUUCCUGCCAGGAGAGACAGAAAAGCCUUGCGUGGUAACCCUGGUAGAUGACACCAUUUAUGAGGAAGAAGAGGAAUUCCGUCUAGUGCUUGGAACACCAAAGAGUGACUCUCCAUUUGGAGCAUCUCUCGGGGAGCAGAAGGAGACUGUGAUCAGUAUAAAAGAUGAAGGAGACAAGUCAGUAAUCAAGUUUUCUGAAGUCAAGUACAGCAUCAAGGAGCCUCUGGAGGCUGGAGAAAUAGCUGUUGUGAAGAUCCCUGUGCUGCGUCUGGGAGACACGUCCAAGGUGUCCAUAGUGAGGGUUCACACCAAAGAUGGGUCUGCUACCUCUGGGGAGGACUACAACCCCAUGUCUGAAGACAUUGAGUUUAAAGAAGGAGAGACGGAGCACUUUGUGGAAGUAGAGGUUCUGUAUGACGGAGCGAGGGAAAUGAGAGAAGCCUUUACUGUUCACAUGAAACCUGAUGAGAACAUGGUUGCUGAAAUCCUGACGAGCAAAGCUAUAGUGUACAUUGAAGAGAUGGACAGUGUGGCAGACGUGACUUUCCCAUCAGUACCACAGGUUGUAUCACUGCUGAUGUAUGACGACACAGCCAAAGCAAAGGAGAACCCCAACCCUCCCACUGGCUACCCUGUUGUGUGUGUGACGGCCUGUAACCCCAAAUACUCUGAGUUUGACAAGACAGGCUCUAUCUGCUCCGCGGAGAACAUCAACGACACUCUGACUCAGUACCGCUGGCUGGUGAGCGCCCCUAGCGGCUCGGAUGGGGUGACCAGCCCCAUGCGCGAGGUGGACACCAACACCUUCUUCACCAACACCAAGUCCAUCUCCUUGGACGCCAUCUACUUCCAGGCAGGCUCCCGGGUGCAGUGCGGGGCUCGUGCCUUCAACGCCAACGGAGACGCCGGCCUAGAGAUGCUUAGCCCCAUCUUUGUCAUCAGCAGGGAGGAGGGUCUCUGUCAGCCUCGUAUCCCAGGGACAGUUGGUGCUGAGCCGUUCUCAGCUAAAAUUCGUUACACUGGCCCAGAGGACCCGGACCACCCCAACCUCAUCAGGCUGACAGUAAUUAUGCCCCACAUGGACGGAAUGUUACCGGUGAUCUCAACCAGGCCCUUAUCCAAUUUCGAGCUGACCCUAAGCCCGGAUGGAACCCGGGUGGGCAACCACAAGUGCUCCAACCUUCUGGAUUACAACGAGAUCCAGACCCAGCAUGGCUUCAUCACGGAAAACACCAAGAACCCGGAGGUGAUCGGCGAGACCUCACCGUACCAGUACAGCAGCGCCCUGCGCUCCUCCAACACCUUGCGCUUCUACCGCAACUUGAACCUGGAGGCCUGCCUCUGGGAGUUCAGCAGCUACUACGACAUGUCCGAGCUGCUGACAGACUGCAGGGGCAGCAUUGGCACAGACGGACAGGUGCUGAAUCUGGUGCAGUCCUAUGUCACCCUGCGAGUACCGCUCUACGUCUCCUAUGUGUUCCACUCACCAGUGGCAGUCGGGGGCUGGCAGCAUUUUGACCUGCAGUCAGAGCUCAGACUCACAUUUGUGUACGACACCGCCAUCUUGUGGAAUGAUGGUAUCGGCAGCCCCGCAGAGUCAGAAUUACAGGGUGCCCUGUACCCCACCAGUAUGAGGAUCAAUGAGGAGGGUCGCCUGGUGGUGAACUUCAAGACCGAAGUGCGAUUCAGAGGACAGUUUGUUAUGGCUCACCCAGGUACCUCUCUGUUGUCGAUGGUGAUGUCAGCUUAUCACCCUGGCCUCACUUUCACGCUGUCCCUUGUCCGCACCGAGCCCACCUACAACCAGCCUGUUCAGCAGUGGAGUUUCGUCUCUGAUUUUGCUAUUCGUGAUUAUUCUGGAACUUACACAGUGAAGCUCAUCCCGUGCAGUGCAGCUCCUAACCAGGAGUUCAGCAACCCUCCUGUUUGCAACCCACGUGAGCCCAUCACCUUUGACAUGGAUAUCAGGUUCCAGCAGGUCAGUGAUCCAAUAGCCGCUGAAUUCAGUCUCAACACCCAGAUGUUCCUGCUAUCGAAGAGGGAGCUGUGGCUGUCUGACGGCUCCAUGGGAUUCGGAGAGGGAACUGACGUUGCAUUCUCUGAAGGUUCUACCAUUUAUGGCCGUGUCAUGGUGGAUCCUGUGCAGAAUCUUGGCGAGUCGUUCCUCUGCAACAUCGAGAAGGUGUUCCUGUGCACGGGAACUGAUGGUUACGUCCCCAAGUACGACCCAACAAACAGGGAAUACGGCUGCCUUGCCGACGCACCGUCCCUCUUGUACCGAUUUAAGAUUUUGGACAAAGCUCAGCCCGAGACACAGGCCGGGCUAUUUGGAAAUGUCCUAUUUGAUGCCAAGUUAGCUAUUGACAGCCCAGACGCCCUUCCUCUUGUAAGGCAGCCCGGCUCUGAUGGGUUCAGUUUAUCCUCGGCUCCACUAUUCCAGGUUGCUGCUGGCCGCGAAUGGUACAUUCACAUGAUCUACACCGUCCGAUCGAGGGAGAACACCAACAAAGGCAUUGGCAAGAGGAGUCUAGAGUAUCACCACGGUGUGUCAGCAGCAGGCAUUGGGUCCAGCGCUGUGGCACCUUAUGGAGGACGCAGCCGGAGAGCAGCCCCGGACCUCGAGGUCGCCCAGGACAUCGGCUUAGAGAACAACAGGGGCACCAACAUCCAGCAUAUUGCCCUGGACCGCGCCAACAAACUCCUAGUCAGCCAGCGAGACUUCCACCCCAGCGAGGAGCUCUACCAGCGCCCCCUUCUGGAAAGCUCUGGCAACGAGUCCUCCGAGAUGGACAUCAUGCCCUUGGUGGGGGGAGUGGCUGGACUGUUGCUCCUGAUCUGCGCUGUCAUCAUUAUCAUUCUCCUCCUGCGACGCAGGGGGCAUCACUCACCGGACGAGAAGAAAUCGCCCUGUUCCUCCUCCUCGGGUUACCAUGGCAGGAGCAGCAGAGAGACAAUGAGCACAUGGCACAGCAGUGACAGCUCUGAGGUCUAACUCCUGUGUAUGUGUGUGUCUAUAUAUAUAUAUAUAUAUAUAUAUAUAUAUAUAUAUAUAUAUAUAUAUAUAUAUAUAUAUAUAUAUAUAUAUAUAUAUAUAUAUAUAUAUAUAACAUUUCUGUGACGUCACCCUUUGAUCUUUCAGUGGAUUAUAUCUACGAAUCGUCUAACUAAAGUGGCAGUGUGGCUUUGAAGAGAAGGGGAGUGCGGGCAGAUGUAUUGUUGAUAAACCAAUCCACACUUUGAGCUACGAAUCCACAGAAAACUGUGGAUUCAUUAACAAACCAGUCACAAACAAUUCACAAAAAAAGCGCGUGUCUUUUUAAUAAGCAGCAAUUAUAACAAUUAGCUAUACUUUUAUACCGUUUAAACAUAAUUGAUUUCCAAUUUCAGCACACAGUACUGAAAAAUAAAUAAUUACGCAGGCUACAGGCUUAUUACAUGUUAAUUAAAUGCAUGAAAAAGAAAACAAAUCAUUACAAACUCACUUCCACACAAACAUCCCCCUUUCUAAUUCUGAUUUCACAUUUCUUCUCAAUAGGUUCAAGAUCACCACAAAUGUCACCACAUUUAACGUUUGUAACCCCAUCAUCAAAAACUUCUUGGUUUCUUGCUCUGCAGUAUUUCAGAAAUCUCAUGUUUUUGCUCGUCACUUGUCCUCUUGUAUGAACGUACCGCAUUCGAUCUGUGCCCAGUUGUUUCACAAAUUAACUGUUCAUCAACUCCUUGAUUAAACAAACGUGUAGCAGCCGUAGCUCUCAAACUAUGAUUAGAAUAAAAUCCUUCAAACCCAGCUUGUUUGCACAUUUUCCCAAUAAUCUGGGUCAAUUGAUUAAUGCCAACUGGUUGGUCGCCAUACCACUGAUUGAAUUUAACAGUACGCAAAGGCCGCAGGUAAAAGGAUUCACAUUUCCCAUCCUUUGAUCUGUAAAUAGAAUAAAAACAAUGAAUAUAUAAAAUGAUAUUACAAAUAAAGAAAAAACAUUCUUAUUAUUUUUACCACACGUUUUUAUAACAAUGUACGAUAGUUACAGUGCAACGGCCCAAUAGUUUUUGAAUAAAUUAAUUUAAAACAAUAAAAAAUAGAAUCCAGGCUAUUCCUUUGCCGAUCGAGACGGGAGCUUCCAAGGGGCGGCGCACAAUUGGCCGAGCGUCGCCCGGGGGGAGGGAGGGUUAGGUUGGCCAGGGUGUCCUCGGCUCACUGCGCACCAGCGACCCCUGUAGUCUGGCCGGGCGCCUGUGGGCUUGCCUGUAAGCUUCCCGAGAGCUGCGUUGUCCUCCGACGCUGUAGCUCUUGGGUGGCUGCAUGGUGAGUCUGCAGUGUGGAAAAAAGCUGUCAGCUUGACGGCACGCGCUUCGGAGGACAGCGUGUGUUCAUCUUCGCCCUCCCGAGUCAGCGCAGGGGUGGUAGCGGUGAGCCGACCGUAAUAAAAUAAUUGGCCAUUCCAAAUUGGGAAAAAAUAAUAAAAAUAAUUGACAACGACUAAAUUUUUAAAGAGAGAAAAAAAAAACCCAAUAAAAAAUAAAGAAAUAAUUUUAAAAAAAACAUACCGUAGUCCCAUAUAUUUUUCAUACAGUCGCACCACACAUCUGUCAGGGCUGCUGUUCUCGUAUGCAAUGACUUCCUUGCACUCCAGUUUGCGAUGUUGUAGACGACCUGUAUUUGUUUUUGUUACGUCUUCUGUAUAUUUUAAAAAACGUCCAAACGAGUCCUUUCCUAACUGAAGCUGACUAUUAACUCCGAUCCUUAGAUUACGACGCUCUUGCCCUGCCCGCAGAGGAAAAUGUAUUCCAAACAGGUAAAGCAGAGUGUUCAGUAGGCUUUCAGGUGUGUCGGAUCAAAGAAGUCCCAUUUCCCACAAUAUAUUUUCUUGUGCUUCGGAAAUAAUUUUAGCUUUCUUUUUAUGCAAACCAGCUCCUGAUUUGGCCAACAUUUUCAUUUUCCCAUCAAGAACACUGCGAAAACUUUCAAACUCUGGGUCAGUCCGUAUAGCGAAUUACCACAGUACUCCUCUCCGUUACAUUUUCUUACUUCUGUCACAAAACAGCUAAGGCUGUAUGACAAAGUAGCAUUAUCCAUAUUGACUAAAUCUUCACUAAUUACACAUAGCUCAGAUUUAAAGUCAGCUUUUGAAUUCCUUUCAUUUAACCAAACUUCAAACAGAUUUACAGCCCAUUUACAUUUUGCGCGAGUACUUCCAGAAAAUCGAUCGCUUGCAAAGAUAUUAACUUCUUCAUCCGUUUUAGGUGCAGCAAAACGCUUACUUUCCGCCUUCUCCUUUGUUUUUUUCAUUCUUUUUAUUUUUCUAAUGCCACCUUCCUGGUCUAAAUUUAAAACAAAGCCCUCGUUGCUGUCGUCACUUAUAACACAAAAUGUUGUCUGUGUCAAUGGGAUUUCAGGUUCUCAUGAUGGCACACCAGCGAACUCAUACACAAUGUAGCCUAUUAAUAUAAAUGUCAAUUACCACAUUAGAGUUCAAUUACUCUCAUUAUUGAACAAUUGUCAGUUAGGAAGAAAUGUUUUAAAUGGGAUAAACCACGGUAAGUGUUGAAUCUGUAAAAUAAUCCACAGUGUCUCAUGCCUAACGGCACUCGAAACGGUGGAUUAUUUUACGGAUUCAACACUUACCGUGGUUUAUCCCUUACAUACACACAAUGAGCAUCAAAAGAAACAUCACUAUUGUAAUACAUUUAUUUUUAAAAAAAAACAAGGUAUGUAAAUGAUGGACAUUGACUAAAUUUUUUUGGUUUCUUUUUAAUCACUCAAUCAUUCAUCCUUGACCAUGACAUGCUUGAGUGACUAUGACUGAAGCAUAUACACUUAAUCACCUAAUUAGUGAGACAGUUGAUUGGACACUGGAUAUGGAGUGAUUUCAGCUGUUGAAUUGCAAGCCUGAAUAAAAGCAAUAAAGAAAAUCACAGAAAGAAAAAAAAAACAAUAUGCCACGUCUGUCAAGAGAGCAGCACCUUCGUGCAAUCGGCAUGUUGGAGGCUGGACUAGGGCAGCGUAGUGUUCACAGCCAGCAAUUUCAAACCUGGCGAGACGGUAUAACCAGACACACUCUGUCAAUGACAGGCCACGAACUGGGAAACCAAGAGUCACAACACCUGCCCAAGAUCGACAGAUCAUUUUGCAGCAUCUUUGUGAUGUCAGUUGUUAAUCAGCACAAUAAAAAGUCACAGCACCUGCUCUAAAACAGAGUUUGUCAUUUUUCGAUCACAUCUUAUCUUAUCCAAAUAUAAGUGAUAAGUUUCUUUUGAUGCUCAAAUAGAAGUGAUAAGUUUCUUUUGAUGCCCAGUAUAUAUAUAUAUAUAUAUAUAUAUAUAUAUAUAUAUAUAUAUAUAUAUAUUGUGCAGGACUUUUUGGACAUACAAAAAUGCCUUGUUGCCUUGUUUUUAUCGGUAACACCUGUUGUCAUUAAACGAACAAACAAGUGGUUUAGAACACAACAGUAAUUUACUUUUUUUUUUUUUUUUGCAUGAGCUAGGACUCAAGAUAUUGUAUAUUAUUAUUAAUGUUAUUUGCUCUCGCUCUCUCUCUCUCUCUCUCUCUCUAUAUAUAUAUAUAAAUUUAAAAAUGUUGUGUUUACUGUGUUUCUGCCAAUUAAUGCAUUAUACUUAGCCAAGAAACACAAUAGCACUGAGCUUGCUGAAUGUAAAUAAGUUUUCCACCUCCCUGCGCUAAAUGCUUGAUGCUAGAAUGUGCCAAGGUCAUCGGUAGUUAACAAAAAGGCGAGUUGCACCAAGCACUCCUUUGAGUUCAAUUUCCAGGCUUUACAAACUUACUGUUUCCCAUUGUGAUGUUGCUUUUGCCAUCUUAACACAUACACUAGUCGUCGGCAAAAAAAAAAAAAAAUGGUAAAAUGAUAUGCAAUAUGGCUUAUGAUCCAAGGCGCACGUUGUAACCAAAAAAAAAAAAAAAAAUAGCAGCUUGACUUAAUAGCCUUUAAGUUCACCUCUAACAGCUUGCAGGAAUCCUCUACAGCAUUAGCAGGGUAUUCAUAAUGUUGCAACAAAGUUCAUAUUAAGCUGAAAAUAACAUCUCUUAUAAAUACAUUUUAGUAGACCAUUACUGUGUAGGUGUUGUUGGAAGUGUGUUUCAGUUUUUAAAGAUCUCCUUUUAAAUGGCCUCUGUUGCAGUAUGUGUAUUGUAGGCAACGACUUGACUGUGACCAUCUUAGGUAACUAAAUAAAGUACUUCUCAUCUGUACAGCUAUACAAAUAAAAUUCAUUUUUUAUACACC